AAUCACAGGACUCACAUACCAGCACGGAGAUUAUAUUAUUGACCCCUGAUGCCCAGUGUACUAAAAAAAGACUGUCCCGUGGGGGGAUGAGGGGGGCAUGUGUGCUUUGUGUCUCAGAUGGUCUUCAGAUCUCUGCUGUAGGACGCUGAGAUACACCACAGCAUCCUGUACAACAAUUUUCAUGGACGUCGAGUCAACCCAUAGAACGUUUCAUAUCUAAGUGGCGUCUGACUAUGUUUGGCUACCGUCGAGAGCUCUGUCGGUACGAGGAGGUGGACGAGGACGAGCUGUUGGCCUCUCUGUCUGUGGAGGAGAUCCAGGAGCUGGAGCAGGAGCUGGACCAUCUGGACCCAGACACUAACAUCCCCAUCGGGCUGAGGCAGAAGGACCAGACCGCCAAAGCACCAGGGGGAAACUUUAACCACGAGGCUCUGCUCAAGUACUGGGAAGAGGAGAAUAAGAAGCUGAUACAGGAGGAGAAAGAGGAGGCCAAGCCCGCUCAGAAGGAGAAGCAAGAUAAGAGCUGCCUGCGGGGGGAGCUAGAGACGCCCAACGCAAACAAGCCGAUCUCCAAGAACAACGUGAAAAAAAGACUUACGCAAAGAAGCAAGCCGGCGCAAAAUGGUUCUACGAAAGAUGAUAAGAAGUGCGUAAAGGAGAGCAAAUCCAAAGUUGCUAAUCCAUCAAAAAGUGACAGAAAAAUUCCAGAGUUAAACACGGACAAGCCAAGCGAAAACCCAAUCGUCAUAGAUACGGCUUUGGAGCAGAUACUGAAGAACGACCCAACUUUGACUGAAGUAAAUCUCAACAACAAAGAAGACAUUUCGCAAGAGAUUUUACUACGUUUUAUCGAAGCUCUUUGCACAAAUACAUACGUCCAAUUGUUCAGUCUCGCCAAUACGCACGCCGACGACAAAGUGGCGUUUGCGAUCGCUAAGAUGCUACAAGAAAAUAGCUCAAUAAAAAACUUGAACAUUGAGUCCAACUUUGUAUCCGGACAAGGCAUCCUGGCGAUAAUGGGAGCGUUGUGUCAAAAUCAGACGCUGGUUGAGCUGAGAUUUCACAACCAAAGGCACAUCUGUGGAGGGAAAGCAGAGAUGGAGAUGGUGCAGAUGCUAAGAGAGAAUGCUACGUUGCUAAAGCUAGGCUACCAGUUUGAGCUACCUGGUCCCAGAAUGGCGGCAACAAGUAUUUUAACACGUAACCAAGACCAGCAACGGCAAAAGAGAAUGCAAGAUAGAAAGGCCCAAGAAGAGGUCGUUAAACAAGUUACAAACCAAUCAACUGAGAAUAAAACGCAGAAAAAAACAUUGCAACCUGCAAAAACAGUGGAAAAACCAAAGAACAGUCUAACUUCUGUGAACCCAGAGUUACCAACAAGAAAGAUUGCAGAAAUGGUCAAGCAACAGGAAAAACUGGAAAACAGCAAAACUCAGAUUAAGAAACCCAAGACAAAGAAAGUGAAAAACGGCACCAAUGAAAAGGAGAGUGGGGACAUUUUGAAGGAGCUAAGGAACAGCCUGAAGCCGUCAGUAAAAAGGCGAGAAGAACCGUCCAGUCUUCCUCCACCACAGAGGUCUGGGAGAGAUGAUCUGAUGGCGGCCAUUAGGGGGAGCAGCAUGUUCUCACUGAAAAGGGUGGAUUUGUCAAACACCUGAAGUCGGACCUCUGCUGAAGAUGUUGCCAUCACUCGUUGGUUUUCUGCAUUUAAAAGCACCUGUUUUUUUUAUUGUUUGUUACUCCACCUACAAGCAAUUAGAUGUACAUCUGUGUGCUUUAUCAACUGCUGUGUACAAAUAAAGUCUGUUUUGU